GAGGCAGCUCGGUACGUAAGGAGUGGAAGGAAGGAAGGACAGCCAAACACUGCUGGCUUGUGUAGACGCGACGGAGUGGAGUGGGUCUAGUCGUGGUCUAGUGCGCUAGCAGUUUUUCUCCCAGAGUAGACCGUGGAUGUAUAUACCUUCGCCAAAUAACUUGUUAUCCAUUGUGUACCUUGGUGGCUUUCAUAUACUGCAUUCAAUAACUUCCUUCAUAUAACAUAGUUAUUUUCUCGCGGAAUCCAUAGCUGUUUUGACUAGUAAUGCAUUGCGGAAGUAUAAGCUGAUACUAAAAACCCUCACUUUAAUUUUCACCUUUCAAGAAUUAGUUUUCGUUACAUUGUAUCUUUGAAAGAAUUAUAUUUGUUACGCGUAACUCACCUCUCGUAAAUCAAAUAAUUCGCAUAAAUUUGAACUAAAUUGCUGCCCAUGAAAAGAUCACACGAACAUAGUAUUUCCCUUAUGCCAGCCAUUGUUUAGUCUAUGUUUAAUAGUUUUUUAAAUAUAACAAGUUACUAAGCAUUCUUCUCACAAUUACCUCGAUAAGCGUCAUUGCUUCGCUCAUUUUCUUCACUCUCUGCCUUCUGCCUCUCUUGUCUCUCAUUUUCUCAUGUUAUAUCUCAACUUUUGAUAUCGGAUUUCCUUUUCCCUCUAACAAACCCUGACAUUUUUGUCUCCCAGUGGACCAGUCGGUCUAACAGCACUGUUUUCUCGCGUUGUCAAGAUUCAAGAACCUUCUCCCUUUUAUUGACGUUGCAUUUCCCCCCUUCUCAAACUCGCUUUGAUAAAGGAAAACUUGCAAGGAACGCGCCAGGUCGCUAACAUUAGCAAAUUGUAAUCGAAUGCCGUGCUGAAGUGCCUACUCAGACGAGCGGAAUCGAGGGUUUUUGCAGACGCCAGCGCAAGGUGCUCAAGGCUAAGGUGUGACACAGUUAUGGCAUCAGGUGGGGGCGGGACAGCGAUGUCGUGGACGGCCCUAGUCCUAGCCGUGUGUGUCCUGUGCGUCGAGGGAAAGAAGGCCCAGGUCAGGGAAGCUGGAGGCGCUGACGACGAGACUGAGCUGACGUCUUCCUCGUCAGACGAGUAUCUGCACGUUGGUAGAUCCCUCAACCUCCUCCCUAGAUACGGUUUCUUGACUUUGUCUAUCAAGGUAUUUCCACAUCCAGGAGAUAACAGUUGGCUCUUUUUAGAGCAAACGGCUGAGGUGUUCCAGAAGAAUUCUUACUGGGCAACUCAUGAUCGACGUCCAAGUCCGCAGACACCAGAGACGCGUCGUGGAUACGACCAACAUUUCCUGAUCGACUUUUGUGACGAUGAGAGGGAUCUAAUGACCGCUUAUUUCGAUAAUUUCUAUAUAGAGGGUGUCUCCGAACCUAAUCGGGCAUUUACAAGCUCACUCUCAGACAAAAUGAAGGCCUAUCACUUGGGUAUUCAUCCGACCUUCCUUACGAACGAGUAUUCCUUUGUGCUCGUUCGCCUCUUCCGAAGGGCCCGAAGAGCGACAUUAGCAGGUGACUUGACUUUGAGCAGCCACUUCAAAAGUGCCGUGCGCGACAUAAGAAUUGGGUCUACCGAAUCCGUCAACCAAUUCUUAGACCAUUAUGGAACGCAUGUCAUCACGGAGUACGAGGUGGGAGACGUCAUGUACCAAGUUUAUGUCUUCGGUGAAAGAACCUACAGUGAACUGAAAAACAAUUUUGCCCAGAGUCAGAGCAGUCACACCGAACUCACUCGCAUGGAGAGGUAUUUUACUCCAUACUAUGCUCUGCAUGUCGGCAAAGUCAAAUUAGCUUCAGGUAACCCUGAGUUCGAAAAAGUCGUCGGAGGCCAACUGAUGUCAAUGACAUUCUUCCGCCUCUACCAGAGCAUCUUCACCAUCUUCAAGCACCGGGACUUAGAGAACGAGCUGGAGAAACUUGACGGAGAGGUGGUGUUGAGUCUCAAGCUGGAGAAAAUCACCAAAAUCGUGCCCAAGUCCCCCGAACGAUACUGGCUGAGGGAAAUCCUCGAUAACACCCUCACCCUCUAUUACGUCACUAUGUAGACACAGAGGGAGAGAUGGCAGCAUAUUUCUGUGAAAUAUCUGCUCAUUUCGUAACUGGGGCAUGUAUGUCAUUACAUGAGCAUUAACCAUAACAGUUCCUUAUUAUGUAUCAGGCUGAUAUAAAUACAACAAAACAGUAAUGGUGAA